GGGAUGGCCCCGCCCUCCGCGGGCCGCCGGCCUGCGUCCCAUCGGGCUCCGCGCGAGGUCAGCGCAGGGUCAGCGCGGGUCGGCGGGGUCAGGAGCGCGGCGGCUCCGCGGCCCGGACGGGCGCGAGGGCAGGAUGUAUACGCUGUUGUCGGGCCUCUACAAGUACGUGUUCCAGAAGGACGAGUACUGCAUCCUGAUCCUGGGUCUGGACAACGCCGGCAAGACGACGUUCCUGGAACAGUCCAAAACCCGGUUUAACAAGCACUACAAGGGCAUGAGUCUGUCCAAGAUCACGACCACCGUGGGUCUGAACAUCGGCACUGUGGACGUGGGGAAGGCUCGCCUCAUGUUCUGGGACUUAGGGGGCCAAGAAGAGCUGCAGUCUCUGUGGGACAAGCAGCGAUAUGGCCACCACGGUUGCCGUCCACACUGGCACGUGAUCUGUACUACGCAGAGUGCCAUGGCGUCAUCUACGUCAUCGAUUCCACGGAUGAGGAGAGGCUAUCAGAGUCCAAGCGAGCGUUUGAGAAGAUGGUCACGAGUGAGGCGCUGGACGGUGUCCCCAUCUUGGUGCUGGCCAACAAGCAGGACGUUGAGACUUGCCUCUCGAUCCCUGACAUCAAGACUGCGUUCAGCGACUGCACCUCCAAGAUCGGCAGGCGCGACUGCCUGACCCAGGCCUGCUCGGCCCUCACGGGCAAAGGGGUACGCGAGGGCAUCGAGUGGAUGGUGAAGUGCGUCGUGCGGAACGUGCACCGGCCGCCGCGGCAGAGGGACAUCACGUAGGCAUGGCUGGUGCCCGCUGGUGCCCACGACAUCCCUGAGUGCCAGAGGAGUGCUCCUGCUGGCUCCCUGCUGCCAGUCCUGGGGGUUGGGUUUGCUUGGCUCUCGGUUCUUCAUUUGCUUUGUUUUUUCUUUUAAGACAAACUUUUCCUUGUGUCCGUACAAGUGUAGGUAUCGGGAGGCUUCUGCUGAGGGGAGUUGGGGCAGCAGGGCCCCCACAUGACCCCUGCCGGGCCUGCUGGGGUGAGGUCUCCCUUUGGAGCUGCUGCCUCAGCAGCCCUGCCCGCCUUCCCCAGGGGGUCCUGUCUGGAAACGGGCUUCCCCGGAGCUGCUCCGUGUAGCCUCCCCCCCAUGGGGGAGGCCCUUGGGGUCAUGACUGUCCUUGCUCUCCGUGGAGAUGGGUUGGGGGCUGGUGUCCUCUUGAGGGAGGGAGACCUGGCCCCCUCUGCUGGAGGCCAGCAGGGCCCUGGGUUCUGGGCCCUCAGGACGGGGCACGGGAGAUCGUCCGCUGGCCUGACAUCACCUUUUGAUCCCCAGCAGGAGGGGAAGGAGUGAGUGUCCCCUCUCCGAGUGUCUGUGGCCAAUCUGGGACAGCCAGUUGCCCGCAUUGGGGGUGGGGGUGCAUGGUGGGGGCGUUGGGAAGGUGGGCUGGGUUCCCGUGGAGCCCAGGUUGGUGCUGUGCUGGGCCUUCAUUCCCAGCUGGGGGCGAGGGACAGGCUGUCUCGAAACCCGCUUCCGGGCUGUGCCUGGCAGCAGGGCCCCCUCUCCGGGUGAGACUGGUCCUGGGGACCCUCCCGACAUGGCCCCCGCUGGAGCUGGCUGGGGUGUGUCCAGGACGGCAGUCCGAGUUGCUGCUGGCCAUCGCCCCUCCAGGAACCUGACCCCGGGUUGUGGACUCUCAGCUGUCUGGGCACAGUGACCACGGCACGAGGGGCCCCCAAGGCUGGAGCUGUGACCUACCCGGGCACCGUCUUCCUGCUUCGGCAGGAAUGGCUGAGCCGGAGCCGGGCACCUGGUGGCUUCCUGAGGUCCGGUCCCUGGUGGGAGCCUGGGAGGGGUUGCUGAGAAAGGCUGAGUCUGGGCUGGGGCCGGGGAGGCAGCUGCAGGUGAGGUGACUCACAGGGAGUCGUGGGCUCCUCAUGGGGAUCAGGCACGGCGCUCCAGGGUCCAUGGGACAGGCUGGGAGUCCCCCACGCUGCCCGGGAGCCAUCCAGCCCUUCUCUGAGCUUGCCUGAGGGGAAAAGCCUUGUUUCCCAGAAAAGGUGUGGGACGCACCAGCCUGGGGGAGGUCCUUGGCUGGUCUGGUCCUGGGAAAUCCCCUGCGUGCUGGGACUGGGUGGGGCUCACUUGGAGGGGCAGGGUGAGAGGGCAGGGUCUUCUGGUGGCACAGGGCACAGGCUUUUGCUGCCUGGUCCGAGCUGGGUCCUGUUGCACAGCAAGAGCCCCUAGACUUGGUGUGACCCUCCACACUGUCGUAGCUACAGAGCGUGACCUAGGGGGUCAUGGAGCGAGCCUCAGGGACAUCCGUGGUGUCCAUAGCUGGAAGGAAUGCACCUGCUACCCCCUGGCGUGUCUAACGAUCCCUCCCAUCAAGGGUCGGUCCCACUUGGGGCGACCAGCAGGCAGAAGCAGCGUGGGGAGCUUGAGGGCCCACCCCGGGGGGCUGUCCCCACCAGAUGUGCCCACCGUGCAAUCCGUAGACACACAUAGUUUCACACAACCCAUUUUACAAAACGGCUUUAUAAAAAAUAAACUUUGUUAGUGCAACAGGA